AUGAUCCAAAACUUGUGCGUCAAAAUAUUCAUCAUCUAUUUAUCAUUCGGUCGAUUUCUAAACGGGGAUUUCAUUUUCGAUACAACAACCGUACCCGUAGAUACUGCCGAUGAGUAUAUCUCAUCGACAACGAAACCUCCACAUUUGACUGUGUUAGGUGCACUAUCAAAUGCAAACUCGAUCGAAAUUCUCAAUCGGACAACGAUGAAGUUAAGCAAAGAUCUCAUUAUGUCAUCUGAAUCAUUUAUUCUCGAUUCGAAUGUAUUAUUAGCAAUGUCCGAACUUUGUAGAGUCGGAGAUGCAUCUCACGCGAAAGUUAUCAUUACUGGCCAAUCUGCUAACGAUUUAGUGUUAUCUGCUAUCGCAUAUGUAUCGGAUUUUUACCAUGUGCCAUUGAUAACAAUUGGAUCACGAGAAAAUAUCUUUUCCGAUGAAAAUUUAUAUGAUCACAUUAUUCGAUUAGCACCACCCUAUUUCUACGAAGCUGAUGCAUGGUUCAGCAUUAUUCGUAAAUUGAAAUAUACGAAGGUGGUUUUGAUUCAUAGUCAUGACGAAGAAAGUCGGAUGGUUGCAGAGAGAUUCCAAUUGUUAACGGAUGAUUCUGAAAUUCAAAUCGAACGAAUUGAAGAAUACCCUUCGACCCAAAUGUUUACGUCAUUAAUAUAUAAUUUAACGAUGAAGGAUCAUCUAUCUGCUAGUGUAUUCAUCAUUCAUACAAAAGAAGAAGAUGUUGACUCGCUGUUAACAGACAUCGCACGUUUACAACAAAUGGAGAACUUUGUUUGGAUUGUUAACGAACGUACAUUGGUAACAAAUAGUUCAGCGCUAUUUGAUGGCAUACUUGGAGUGAAAUUGCAUCACACGUUCAACGAAGAAAAUCUUUUGAUCGAUGCAACUGAACUUAUUAUGAACACAUUUAUGAAAUUUCGACAACAUCCCGUCGCGUUUUGGUCAAAUAAAACAUCGGUUUUGAAUUGUUCAUCUACAAAAGCUUGGCAAUAUGGAAACGAAGUUUAUCAAGCAUUCGUUCGUACAAGUGUUGAACAGGGUUUAACCGGGAAUAUUACGUUUAAUAAUGAAGGUGAUCGAAUUGAAUCUUUAUAUGAAAUAAUUAAUGUUCAAUACGGAGAUAUGAAAGUCGUUGGUACCUAUCGUUCGAAUACACGCAGUUGUACUACAAGCAGUAUGUGUCGAGCAACUAUUGAAACGACAGCAUUGGUAUUGAAAGAAGAAGAAAUUAUUUGGUCCAAUGGAUUAAAUCGAAAACCUGAUGGCAUUCGUGCACGACGAAAUGUUUCAGUUGUGACAAUCGAAGAAAAACCUUUUAUAUUUACGCGUCCGGGAUAUAACUGCGAUCCGACAUUCGAAGUGUAUUGUCCACGUCUCAAUUUGAAUUCUACAGUUGAACAGAUAUAUGAUCAGUACUGUUGUUAUGGUUAUUGUAUUGCCAUGUUGCAAGAACUUUCGAAGAAUCUCAGUUUUGUUUUCACUUUGUACUUGGUUCCGGAUGGUAAAUACGGAACAUUCGAAAGAGAAGGAAACGAUACACAAAAACGAUGGGAUGGAAUGAUUCGUGAACUACUUAAUCGCGGUGCUGAUAUGAUCGUCGCACCUUUAACAAUGAGUCCCGAACGUGCGGAAGACAUAGAAUUUACCAAACCAUUCAAGUAUCACGGUAUUACAGUUCUUGUACGAAAGAAUUUAGAUGUAUCAAAUCUGAAAUCAUUCUUACAGCCGUUCAAAAAUGCGCUAUGGAUGAUGGUUUUGCUAUCUGUUCACGUUGUAGCUGUUGUGCUUUAUUUACUCGAUCGAUUUUCGCCAGAUGAGCGUCGAAUGAUUUCUCGGAAGGUGAACGAAGAUGAAUUGAAUUCAUCAAUUGACAAUGACGACAAAGAUGAUGCAUUGAAUUUACCGCGCGCACUUUGGUUUACAUGGGGUGUUCUUUUAAGUUCAGGAAUCGGAGAAGGCACACCGAGAAGUUUUUCUGCGCGUGUUCUUGGUAUGGUUUGGGCAGGGUUCACAAUGAUUAUGGUUGCUUCUUAUACAGCUAAUUUAGCUGCUUUCCUCGUGCUGGAUCGACCUGAAGCAGGAAUAUCGGGAAUCAAUGAUGCACGAUUACGUAAUCCUCAAGAUGGUUUCACUUACGCAACGGUGAAAGGCUCAUCGGUGGACAUGUACUUCAAACGACAAGUUGUAGAAUUUUCCACGAUGUAUCGUACUAUGGAAUCCAAAAAUUAUUUAACAGUUGAAGAAGCCAUAUCUGACGUGAAGAAUAAAAAAUUGGAUGCAUUCUUUUGGGAUUCACCAAGACUGGAGUAUGAAGUAGCAAACGAUUGUAAUCUGAUCACUGCUGGCGAAUUAUUCGGACGGUCGAGUUAUGGUAUUGCGCUGAGAAAACAAGAUCCGUGGAUAAAUCUUUUGUCUCAUGCAAUCCUGUCCUUUCAUGAAAAAGGUUUCAUGGAAAAACUUGAUAACCAAUGGAUUUUUUCGAAAAAUGAAGAUUUAUGUUUCGAUCGCACAUCGUCAUCUCCAGCAACACUUGGACUUGACAAUAUGAGCGGUGUAUUCUAUCUUGUCGUUGGUGGUAUAUUAGUUGGAUUCAUUCUGUUAAUCGUUGAAGUUAUAAUCAAACGACAGAAGGAACGGUUGGAACACAAAAGCGAAGUAUCUCGAACAGCAUUGAUUCGAUGGAAAAAGAAAGCCAAAGAUCCAAAACGGCAACAACCUUCGAUGUCAUUUCAAUCAAAUAAUCAACAACAGGAAUACACACGAGACAAUAUUUACAAUGAACUUUUUCUGGAUCCCAAUGGUUGUCCCAUAGCAGCAGAUUUGUGUUGA